UAUAGAAAUCCCCUGAAUUAUCCUCAAAGAGGCCAACCUGCUGUCUCCGAUGCCAAGUCCGGAAGCCUCGAAGCUUCAUUCGACAUGCUACUCCUGAACGGAGCUCCGGCGAACUUCUCCCUCGCCUCCGCCGUGGCCGGCUCCUGUCUCCUCCAGAUAUCCACUCUCACCGCAUUUCCCGCGCUUCGCUCUCUUCCCCCAUUCCAUCCGCCGUCCCUACACCACUGCCACCACCACUUCCCGCUCGGCCGCCUAGCGGCCACCUACCUGUCCUCCACACCCAGACCGCGCCACCUCCUGCCCUCGCUUCCUGCCGCGUCACCCGGGACUUCCGUCGAACAUGUGCCGGUCAAGACCGAGCCGGACGAGGAUCCCGGCUCCGGAGGGGACGAAGAACUUUUCGACUUCGAUUCGAAGCAGCUCGCGCCGCCUCCCCCGCUGCCAAACACUGAGCUCGAGGUGAAGGAGCUGGAGGAGCUGCCGGAGCAGUGGCGGCGCGCGAAGCUGGCUUGGCUGUGCAAGGAGCUCCCCGCUCACAAGUCGGGGACGGUCGUGAGGGUUCUGAACGCCCAGAGGAAGUGGCUGAGGCAGGAGGAUGCCACCUAUGUGGUAGUCCACUGCUUGCGGAUCCGCGAGAACGAAACCGGGUUUAAGGUAUACAAAUGGAUGAUGCAGCAGCACUGGUACAGAUUCGAUUUCGCUCUCGCUACCAAGCUCGCGGAUUACCUGGGCAAGGUGGGUAAGUUUGCCAAGUGCCGUGAAGUAUUCGAUCACGUAAUCGAUCAGGGACGGGUACCCAGUGAAUCUACAUUUCACAUUCUCAUCGUUACGUAUCUGAGUUCAUCGGUAAAAGGCUGUCUGGAGGAAGCUUGUGGCAUUUACAACCGCAUGAUCCAGUUGGGAGGGUACCAGCCUCGCCUAAGCUUGCACAACGCUCUCUUUCGAGCUCUGGUGAGUUGGCCGGGGCCAUCUUCGAAGCAUUAUCUCAAGCAGGCUGAGUUCAUAUUCCACAACCUGGUGACUUCCGGGCUGGAGGUCCAUAGAGAUAUAUACGGGGGCCUUGUGUGGCUUCACAGCUAUCAGGACUCCAUUGAAAGAGCGAGGAUAGAAGAGCUUAGGGAGGAGAUGCGGGAAGCUGGAAUCGAGGAGAGUAAAGAAGUGCUCUUGUCUGUUCUCAGAGCUUGCUCCAAGGAAGGUGAUGUGGAAGAAGCUGAGAGAACGUGGGUUAAACUCAUUCGAGCUGAUAUCUCGCUGCCUCCAAUGGCUUAUGUCUAUAAGAUGGAGGUCUAUGCAAAGGUCGGAGAACACAUGAAAUCGUUCGAAAUUUUCCAAGAGAUGAAGGAGUACGUCAAUCCUCCCACCAUUGCAGCAUAUCAUGAAAUUAUAGAGGUGCUCUGUAAAGCCCAAAAUGUGGAACUUGCUGAAUCUUUGAUGGCGGAGUUCGUACAAACCGGUCUAAAGCCCCUUGUGCCCUCUUAUAUUGACCUGAUGAAUAUGUACUUCAAUUUGAGCUUGCAUGAUAAGUUAGAGUCGACCUUCAACCAGUGCCUUGAGCAUUGCCAGCCCAAUUGUGCUGUUUAUGGUAUAUACUUGGAUUCUUUGGUGAAAAUCGGUAAUCUUGACAGAGCACAGGAGAUCUUCAAUCAUGUGAGUACUAAUGGAACCAUUGGUGUCAGUAAACGCUCGUGCAAUUCCAUUUUGAGUGGCUACUUGUCUUCUGGAGACAUUCGGAAAGCAGAAAAGAUUUAUGAGUUCAUGUGCCUAAAGAACUAUGAAGUCGAAGCCUCGUUGAUGGAAAAGCUUGAUGAUCUCCUGAGCUCACGUGGGAAACCUGUGAAGAGGAAGCCCGUGAGUCUCAAGUUAAGCCAGGAGCAGCGAGAAAUGUUAGUGGGUAUGCUGCUAGGUGGCCUACGAAUCGAGUCAGAUGACCUGAGGAAGAACCACAUGAUCUGGUUCGAGUUCAACGAGAAUUUGCGCGCACAUAUAGUUUUGAAGGAGCAUGUUCAUGAACAGUUCCAUCAGUUCUUGCAUCAUUCUUCGAACUCUGAUGGUUACAGUGAUGAGAUUCCCUAUAGUUUUUCUACCAUAUCGCUCUCAAGGUUCGGUUUCUUUGCCGACCAGUUUUGGCCUGAAGGGAAGCCCGCAAUCCCAAAACUUAUCCAUCGGUGGAUUUCGCCUCGAGUCCUUGCCUACUGGUACAUGUACGGAGGUCAUAGGACUAGUUCAGGAGGCAUAUUGCUGAAGCUGAGAGGGAGUCGACAAGGUAUGACGAGGAUUGUGAAGGCUCUGAAGUUUGUAUCUCUUGAUUGCAGGGUGAAGAGAAAAGGGAGAGUAUUCUGGCUUGGUCUUCUCGGUGACAAUUCGAUGCGGUUUUGGAAACUGAUAGAGCCCUAUGUACUAGACGGCUCACAUGAUUUUCCGGAAGACAGAGAAGACAUGAAUUUUGAUAGUGGAUCUGAUGCAGAUGAGGGUUCUGAUUACAGAGACAAUGAUAGCUAAAGCGUUCACAGACUCGAGUUCAUCACGAGGGAUGCAGGAAAGCCCAGUGGUGGGAACAGGGGAAGUUGUGCCAUUCUUGCCAGGUCUUGGAGUGUACAUAUCCGACGUUCAUAUAUAGAGCAUCAUCAUCAUCUAUUCGGUUUGGUUGGAUUGAAAUUUUCUCCUGUCAGUGCAUGGUAAUUUCCGUGGUCUCGUGAGCCUGGUAAAUACCGAACUUUCAAGCUGUUUCCAAUUUCAGGAAAGUUGAGUGAAGGAGAUAUUUCUCUGUUGAAACUUCCAUCAAUGUUGAGCACUCUGAUUCAGCUUCCUAUCUUAAUUACGGGAGCGAUCUCAGCCAUUUUUUCAGUCAUCGUUGUUGUUAGGCUAAUGAGAAAAUGAAGGAGAAUUUCCGAGGAAACUUGGGAUCAACGGCCCGAGACUGAGUCCCCCUUUAACUUGGAACUUUUCAAACCAAUGAACUGCAACAUUAGUGACUUGUGUGGAGUUGGCUCAUAUCCACUAGCACUGAUGAUAUGACUAAGUCGUGCACCACUAGUAACAGUAGAGUUAGAAGCCAUAUAUAAAUUUUGAUCGCACUCGUUCGCUGGAAAGAAAAAUUAAAAGUACAUCCGACAUUCUUUUCCACUUCUUCAUUUGCGAUGAUCGAUCGGAGAUCCAUUCGGAUAGCAGUCAUGAUCGGCCUCUUCCUCCUCCUUCCACAGGCAUUUGCCGGCCGAUUUCUACCCAGGGAGGAGGUGAGCUUCCGUGGAGCUUUUCCAUAUUCAGUUGAAGAUGGACGCAUUCUUGGAGAAGUUCAGGGAAGUCACGUUCGUAAAGCCGGGGAGGGGUGGGGUUGUUCGAAUGUGCCGAGGGUCAUUGGGCGCCCUCCCCCACAUAACCGGUCUGAUAAGGCAACCUCCCGAGUAUGGUGUGGCUCUAACCCUUGAUCGUAAUCUUACCCUUUGGAGAAUCGAAAAGAAAAAAAAAGAAAAAAAAAAAGACAUGAAGUUUCAUCGUCAUAUGAGAAUUCAGAUAAUCGACAGUAGAAUUUGAGCUGAAACUCAGAAGAUGUGUGAUAUUGGA